AUGGCCCCCAGGAGCCGCGGGCGGAUGGAGCCGAGCUACGUCGUGGGUAUCUGCUGCCUGGUGCUGCUGGAGCCGGGCCGGGUGUGGAGCGCGGAGCCCAGCACCGGGGGACCGGGGGAGAGCGGGAACAGCAGCCAGGCACCGCCGGCGGAGACCACGGCUCCCGCGCCCACCGGGGCGGCACCGACGGGGGGAGACCGCUGCCGGGGUUACUACGACGUGAUGGGGCAGUGGGACCCGCCGUUCAACUGCAACGCCGGCAUCUACCAAUACUGCUGCGGGACCUGCGGGUACCGCUUCUGCUGCCAGUUCAAGCCCGGGCGGCUGGACCAGAGCGGCUGCUCCAACUACGACACCCCCAACUGGGUGAACACGGGGCAGCCUCCCGCCCGGGUGGACGAGACCCCCGAGGACCCCGCUCGCGACAAGACCAACAUGAUCGUCUACAUCAUCUGCGGCGUGGUGGCCGUCAUGGUGCUGGUGGGCAUCUUCACCAAGCUGGGCCUGGAGAAGGCGCAGGGGCCCCAGACGGAGAUGACCGUCUCCAGGACACUGACGGACCUCCUGAAGCAGCCAGGCCAUGGCCCCUCCGAGCAUAUGGAUGGUCUCAUGGGGGCUGUGCAGGUCCCCCUGGCCGAGGGCCUGGCCCGGGGACCCCCAAGGAACAGCACAGACAAGCCACCCCUGAACAACGCGGUGCCCAUCGCUCCCCCGCUCGGGCGGCCCCAUGGCCACUGCAAGCGCCUGCCACUGGCCACCAGCCUGGCCCUCCCGGCCCCUGCCUACACCACCUAUGCCACCCUCAAAGCUGGAGAGAGUGCCUCCGAGGACUUCUACAGGCGCUUUGGGGGGCCAGAGGUGCCCUUCCCGCCCACCGAGGCCCCAGCCCUGCCGGAGGGCUGCCCAGCGGCCACAGGCCCGCGGCUGCCAGGGGGCACGGCCUUCCCUGGGGGCUGGGAGGCCGGCCCCCUCCGCGGCCCCCGCCGGCCCCCUGGGCUGCUCUACGGGCAGCCCCCCCGGCACCUCGCCACCAACAGCAAGACCGAGGUCACCGUCUGA